GAGUGAUAGAGUAAGAGAGAGGUGAGAGUUCAGCAUCGUUCUACCGAUUCUAUUCUCAAAUUCCAUCUCGUCUCUUCCCUUUUGCUUUCCCAGUGAUCGUCCUGUCCGUCUCUUAUUUUAGGCUUUAAUUAGACUUUAGAAUUUAGAAAUUCCGCAGAGUGAGUGACGCCAUUCCACUUUUUCGCUUCGUGUCCUUUCUCUCCAUUCAACACGACAUCUUAAAUUCCUUCUUCUUCUUCUUCUUCCUGCUUCCUACUCCCACCUUACCUAUAUUCCUCUAAACUCCCUUUUCAUUCUUCUUCUCAUCUUCAUUUCUCAAUUCCCUCCAUGGGUGACGACGGACGUCUGCAUGCUAUUGACGACGACGAUGCUUCUUCCGCCCACCAGCUCUCUUACAUCGAUAUCUACCCUCUCAGCAACUACUACUUUGGAUCCAAAGAGCCUCUUCUUUUCAAGGAUGAGACCUUGUCUGAUCGUGUCCUCAGGAUGAAAUCCAAUUAUGCUGCUCACGGAUUGAGGACUUGCGUCGAAGCAGUUAUGCUGGUUGAACUAUUCAAGCAUCCUCAUUUGUUGCUGUUUCAAAUACGUAAUUCAAUUUUCAAGCUUCCUGGUGGUCGCAUAAGGCCCAAUGAAUCAGAUAUUGAUGGCUUGACACGAAAGUUGACGAAGAAGCUUUCUGCCAACGGAGCCUCUGAUGCAUCUCAUUGGGAGGUUAGUGAGUGCCUCGGUAUGUGGUGGAGGCCUGACUUUGAGACCUUGCUCUUCCCGUAUUUGUCCACUAAUGUUAAAGGGGCCAAGGAGUGCACUAAACUUUUCUUGGUCAAGUUGCCGGAGAGUAGAAAAUUUGUUGUGCCAAAGAACCUCAAGUUGAUCGCAGUUCCUUUAUGCCAAAUUCACGAAAACCAUAAGACAUAUGGACCAAUUAUAUCGGGCAUUCCGCAGCUUCUUUCCAAGUUCUCCUUCAACAUCAUCGGAACCUAAAAAUCAUCUUAUUAAUUAUAUAACAGACGAAGAACUAUGGUCGGAGCAGUGAAAAAAAAAUUUAUUAGUCCAUUAUAGAGCUGUCAGCUAACUUUAUAUGAAUGUUGACAGACCCUUGUAUAAAACAUAUUAUAAGUACAUAAACAUAUAUGUUGAUGAUUUUGUAAGUAUAGAGAUAAAUACAUAGUAGUAAUAUAGGUCCACAUUGUCACUUUACAACUUGUGUGUUAAAUGAGUGCUAAAAACUACAUAUGAGUGUGUAAAUUGCUGCCAACUAUCUUGACUUUCUUGAGGCAAUGAACAGAGUUUUGAUCAUUCUCUCACUGGAGGAUGCGGAGAAGUGAUGAGGUAUGUUAGAGGAAACUGUGUGCAUAUGUAUGGAUAGCGAAGGUUGCGUUUAUGCGUUUAUGCGUUUAUGCCGUGUCAAAAGUGGAAAAUAUAUGUGUGUUAUCCUUAUCAGGACAGUAUUUGUGGUACUGGAAGCGUCUUUGAAGCUUUAUUAGGUGUGGCACUCGACUUGCUUGUUUCUGCCAGUUGAGUUGAAUAUUCUUAUUUUGCUUCAUGCUUUUCUACUUUGUUUUCUGCUACGUGGAAGCUUUGGAUUUUUAAGGACAGUUGCACCGAUUGAGUACAUAACAGUAUUAAGAAUGAAA